AUGGCCAAAAAGAAGUCGUUCGGCUCCUCCACUGAGAAUGCGCACCAGUUUGCCGCAGCGGCGCAAUGGGACCUCGAACAAGACUACGAGCGCCGACCGCGAGCGCUCAAGAAACGGAAAGCCGAGAAGGAAAGCACCCGACUUCCGAUCAAGACUCCCGGUGGAGCAGUGCUGCAAUCUGUGCUUCCAGAAAGGACAGACGAUAGCGAGGAAGAGGACAAAGAAGAAUGGGCGGGAGUUGAAGAGGAAAAAACAAUCCAACCUGUGGUGAAGGAAUUGGAAGUCCGCCCGAAAGUUUCGGAGCGCCAAAGGGUGAUAAAUGCGAAGGAGGAGCUUUCAAAUGCCGCAAUUCUUCUGAAUGAGGAUCCAGAGGAGAAUGUUGGGCUACUCAAGAGGCUACGCGAAAUAUCGGAGGAUAAGAAUGCUACGAUACAGAAGCUGGCGUUGGCGACACAGUUGGCUAUAUAUAAGGAUAUCAUACCUGGGUAUCGGAUAAGACCCCUGACGGAAGAGGAGCAGAAGUCAAAGGUUACAAAAGAGGUAAAGAAGCUCAGAGGCUUUGAACAGUCCCUAGUCGCAAAUUAUCAGGCAUAUGUUGAAAACCUGGCGGACCUGUCCAGAGCUUCCAGAAACAACCAUUCACCCAAUGUUGUUGCUGUCGGAAAGAUCGCUGUGAACUGCGCCUGCGGGCUUAUCUCCACGGUCCCACAUUUCAACUUCCGCAGCCAACUUCUCAAGAUCAUUGUUGAGCGUGUCAGCGUCAAGACCUUGGAUGAGGUAUUUGUCAAGUGCCGUACAACGCUGGAGGAUCUUUUUCGUAAUGAUGACGAUGGCGCAGCUUCCUUUGAGGCAGUCCAACUGCUUGCAAAGAUGCUCAAGGCCAAAGGUUUCAUGGUUGACGAGUCCGUACUAAAUACCUUCCUAUCGCUUCGUUUGCUCUCAGAGCUCGACGUAAAGGCUUCUCUAGAAACAGUUGAAAAUCCAAGAAAACGCAAGAAGAAGGAUCGCCAAUUCAGGACUAAGAAGGCCAGAAAAUCAGAGAAGGAGAGGAAGAUUUCGGAGAAGGAGAUGGACGAGGCAGACGCAACAGUCUCGCACGAGGAGAGAGAAGAACGACAGUCUGAGACUUUGAAGUUGGUCUUUGGAACUUACUUCAGAAUCUUGAAAGAAAGGCCGCCGGGACUUAUGGGUGCGACAUUAGAAGGAUUAGCAAAGUACGCACAUUUAAUAAACUUGGACUUUUUCGGGGAUCUCCUUGUGGCCUUGAAGGAGCUCAUUGGAGCAGCAUUGGAAGACGAGGAAGAGGAUGACGAUAUCGAAACCUCAACACAGCGCAACGCCACCCGGGAAGCGCUUCUCUGUGUCAUAACAGCAUUUGCCCUGUUAUCCGGUCAAGGCGAAGGAAUGAGCAUUGAUCUAACCUUUUUCACAACACAUCUCUAUGCCACAUUACUACCUCUCUCCAUGUCCCCCGAUCUCGAACUCUCCACAAAGUCUUUGCGUCUCCCCGAUCCGAAUGAUGCCGCCCCGCCCUCGAAACGAAUCAACGUAGCUACCGAGAUCGAGAUGCUGAUCCGCGCCCUCAACACAAUCUUCUUCCAACAAAACGCAAACAAGUCAAACACACCGAUACGUAUCGCAGCGUUCACAAAGCGGCUAAUGACAUCGAGUUUAAAUAUGCCAGAAAAAUCGACAUUAGCAACACUAGGAAUGCUGAACAAGAUGGCGAGGAAGCAUCAACGCAGACUUCAUGGGCUGUUCUCGACGGAUGAGAGGGUCGGUGAUGGAACGUAUAAAAUGGAUAUCGACGAACCGGAGAUUAGUAAUCCAUAUGCUGCGACGAUUUGGGAAACGGUUUUACUGAGAAAACACUAUUCUCCAAAGAUUUCAGAGGCGGCGAGGGAAUUGCCAAAGCUAUUUAAAUAA